CUCCGCCAAUGGCCGACUUUCCCGCUAAAGAAAGAGAGAGAACCCAUCGCAGCAUUUAUCCACCAUUUCCUUUUCCCCGGCCUUUCUCUCUCUUUGGCCUUGUUUCUUCUCCGCACCAUUGUUUCUCUGCAGAUCCGGAUUUGUGGCAAAUAGCGAUUAAAGAGGAGGAAUAAUAAUUUGUUGGGUACAUGCAUGGGUUUUUAGAUUGCUGUGCCUAGACAAAUUGUUUGAAAUAUGUCGUGCUGCGGCGGUGCGGAGGAGGAAAACUACGGCCCACCUGCCAACCAAUAUAACACUGCCCCACCCAGAGGGGGCGGUGGGAGUACAUAUGGAGGCGGAGGAAAUGACAGAGGAGAGCCAAGGAGUUCCAAUCCGGUAAAAAGUGGGGCUCCGGCAAAGGCCUUACCCAUUGAAAUUCCGGCUAUUCCCUUGGAUGAGUUAAAUAGGCUAACGAGUAACUUCGGCCAAAAGGCUUUGAUAGGAGAAGGUUCUUAUGGCCGGGUUUUCUAUGCAAAAUUAAGUAAUGGUAAGCCUGCUGCAAUUAAAAAGUUGGAUGCAGGUUCACAAGAGCCUGACUCAGAUUUUGGAUCUCAAUUAUCAACAGUGUCAAGACUUAAGCAUGAUCAUUUUGUGGAGUUGAUGGGGUAUUGCUUAGAGGGAAAUAAUCGAAUUUUGGUUUUCGAGUUUGCACAAAUGGGAUCUUUACAUGACAUAUUGCAUGGAAGGAAAGGAGUACAAGGAGCUGAGCCAGGUCCAGCUCUAAGUUGGAAUCAGAGAAUUAAAAUUGCCUAUGGUGCAGCCAAAGGCCUCGAGUAUCUGCACGAAAAGGUUCAACCUUCCAUUGUUCACCGGGAUGUAAGAUCCAGCAAUGUCCUACUCUUCGAUGAUCAUGUUGCCAAAAUUGCAGACUUCAACUUGACGAAUCAGUCAUCUGACACAGCCGCGCGACUUCAUUCGACUAGAGUUUUGGGAACUUUUGGCUAUCAUGCUCCUGAGUAUGCCAUGACGGGGCAGAUAACACAGAAGAGUGAUGUUUACAGUUUUGGGGUUGUUCUAUUAGAGCUCUUGACAGGGAGAAAACCUGUAGAUCAUACAAUGCCAAAAGGGCAACAGAGUCUUGUUACCUGGGCAACUCCAAGAUUGAGUGAGGACAAAGUGAAGCAGUGUGUUGAUCCUAAGCUAAACAACGACUACCCACCAAAGGCGAUUGCUAAGUUGGCAGCAGUGGCAGCACUUUGUGUUCAGUAUGAAGCUGACUUCAGGCCAAACAUGACAAUUGUUGUAAAGGCUCUACAGCCACUGCUCAAUUCAAAACCUGCAGGACCAGACGCAAACGCAUAAGAGUUACGAACUUAAAAUGACGAUAUUCUACCACAGAAUCUGCAGCAACUUGUCCUGUGUGCUUCAACGUAUCUUUCUUCUUUGUAAUCCCAUUCCCAUAAUGCUCUAAUGAAUCAAGACACAGUCACAAGAUUGUCAAUUUUCCGGUUCCGGAUAUUAAGAUUUGCAAGAUGGGAGAAGUGAAACUUUUGAAACUUUUAUGGAAGCAAGCAACCUAGUUACUCUAGUCUAAUGUUCCAUUUGUAUUUGUUUUUGCUACUCACGGCAUCUGUAAAGACGUAGAAGCUAUUAUUUGGAAAAACAAAUAGAUAUUUUCAUAGUGUU